CUGCUGCCGCUUUCCCUUUCACUGCCCUCGCUACCCACCACCUCGCACGCCUCUGGCCAGGCACUGAGCACCCAGAUCCCUUUGCUUAAUCCCUCGGAUUCUUUAUAUAGGAAUUAACCUCGCCGUCACAGUGGGGGAGCAACGAAGGGGCAGGGCGGGGUAUUUGUGUGGGUAUGCAUGUGUACACUUAUCUCUGGCGUGGAGGUCUAGGGUUGCAACGCUUCGAUUUUGACUCUCCUCCGGUCUGCGUUUAACUUCUCCCUUUCUCGAUCAGGACUGGGACUGUAGCAAACCAGCUUGGUAAAAGUUCUCAGUUGCCAUUGCAUGGUCUGCUGCUUAGAGGGGGAAGGAGUGGGCAUAUAGCAGCAUGGCUGGUCAAGAGAGUAGUGGCUUGCAGGUUCUUCUCUCUACUCUUCAGAGUUCCUGUGACAAGGAUGUGAUUCUGAAUAUCCUGGGUGUUCUCACAGACCUACUUUCUGUUGGGACGAACAGGAGGCUUCACUACACAAUUAGCAAAGGUGGCAGCGAGGCCCUUCUUCAGGCCCUGGUGAACGCGGCACAAACUCCCAUGCCGGAUUAUGACAUCCUCUUGCCCCUCUUUCGCCUGAUGGCCAAAAUUGGCCAGAAAGAUAAGAAGUUUGGGCUGAAAGCACAAAGGCUGGAGGUGAUUGAUAUGACACUGAGCUUGGCCCGGAAAAAUCUGAAUCACCAUCAGAAUCUCACUCACUGUCUUUGGGCACUGCAAGUCUAUGCCUCUAGUGUUACAGCAGGAACAAUGUUGGGCAUCAAUGGAGCAAUGGAGCUGCUUUUCAAAGUAAUCACACCGUACACCAAGAAACACACCAGAACAACAAGGGCAGCGGUUGAAGCUCUGGCUGCUUUGUUGAAAUCAAAGUCGAACAGCCGACGAGCCGUGAACCGAGGCUACGUUUGUCAACUGCUCCGGCUGUACGAGGACUGGAAUCAACACGACACAUCCAACAGUUAUCUUCCCAUCCGGAGGGGUCUCCUACUUUGCCUCAAGCACAUCACCAAUGUUCAGUCUGGGAGAGAAGUUUUCCUUCUGGCUCGUGGCAUGGAGACUCUCUAUACAACAACUCAGGACUGCCUGAUGAGCAAGAGCCUGGAUCCCAUAGUAAAUACAGUGACUCAGAUUCUGAGGAAAACUUACCCCAAGAAGCUGCUUCCUUCAGCUGCUCUUCGAAGCGCCUAUUCCUUUCCCAUCCCUGGGAGAACUGAACCUUCACAUCCCAGGCUGGAAGAUUAUUGCGAAGAGGAUUUCGAGGAGGAAAUUGAGAAGGACUUUGAUAACGAGGAUGUGGAGAAUAAGGAAGAAGAUGAUGACUUAGAGACUGACGUUGACAAACUCCUGUCAAAACCAGAGCUUGACCGGCCAGGAUCGGAGCUUGAACAGUACGUGGCCAUGUGUCCAGAACUUCACUGCAACUUUCUGGAAUUAGAAUCAGAGUCCAAGGCUAAGGUGAAUUCUGAGGACAUCCCUGGGGCCCUGACUUGUUCCUGUCUCCACAUCAUUCCAAACGCUGCUUCCCCAAAGGACCAGCCCAAAUGCACAGAGAAGGACCAACUCACGAAAGGAGAAAAACUGCCCCAAAGGGAGCCUUUGAGGGUUCCAGGCCAGAGUUGGGUAAAAAAAGGGAAACCUUCUCAAGAACCAGGAAAAGUGGCUCAGGACAGAUCAGAGCCUCUGGUGGAUUUCUUCAGAGAAGGUGACAUCCCUGACACGGCCCUUACAGCUGCUUUUCACUCUCAUGACAAAGACAAAUGGACCACACGACCUCAGUAUAUGAACUCCUGCAGGCCUGGUCACCAAGAGAAAGUGGAGGCUUCUGAGGUAGUGAGAAAGCUUUUGGAGAGACAUCCAGGGAAUCUCCCUUUUCACAACCCUCACUUCUACAUGGCGAGAGCUGGCUGCACGAGGUCCAUUCCAGACUACAGAGUGUUGGCAUUCCCAGAUCUCUGGGGUCACCAGCCUCCUCCUUACAGCCAGACCAUACAGCUAUCAAGAUACAGCAUCCAACGGGCCAAAAUAUUUGAAGAUGUCCGCCGUGUCAUCCAGCCCAGUGACACAAUCAAUCGAGUUGUAUUUGACUUAGAUGGCUCCAGCUCUUUAAAUUCUGAUCCUCCAGACUGUCUGAAAUUCUUCUCCAAAUUUGAGUCCGGGAACCUCCGUAGGGCCAUCCAAGUGCGGGCGUUUGAGUACGACUUGACCCUCAACCCUGAUGUCAACAGUUCCCAACACCACCAGUGGUUCUACUUCGAGGUCAGCGCCAUGAAGACAGCCACCCCGUACCGCUUCAAUGUCAUCAACUGCGAGAAGCCUAACAGCCAGUUUAAUUUUGGCAUGCAACCGGUCAUGUAUUCAGUGAAGGAAGCUCUUCAGGGCAGACCUCACUGGAUUCGGGUGGGCUAUGAUAUCUGUUAUUACAAAAACCACUACCGGAACUGCACAGCAGCUGCGGCAGCAGCAGGAGCCCACGGGAAAUGGUGCUACACGCUCACCUUCAGCAUUGUUUUUCCUCAUAAGGAAGAUGUCUGCUACCUGGCGUACCAUUUCCCUUACACCUACUCCACAAUGAUGUCUCACCUUGACAUCCUGGAGCAGACCAGGAACACAAAGAAAGUCUUCUUCAGGAGGCAGACCUUGUGCCAUACGCUAGGAGGAAACCCCUGCCCUCUGCUGACCAUCACCGGCAUGCCUGGGACAGAAAGCGCCGAUGACCUGGAGCAGUUCCGUGACCGUCCUUAUGUGGUGCUCAUGGCACGGGUCCACCCUGGUGAGAGCAAUGCGAGCUGGGUGAUGAAGGGGACACUGGAAUUUCUCCUUGGUAAUGACCCCAUUGCAGAUCUCCUGAGGCAGUGCUUCAUCUUCAAGGUCGUUCCCAUGCUGAAUCCGGAUGGAGUCAUCAAUGGCAACCAGAGAUGCUCCUUAAGUGGGGAUGACUUAAACAGGCAGUGGCUGAAUCCUGAUCCUGCACGCCAGCCUACCAUUUACCACACCAAGGGUCUCCUUUACUACCUCAGCAGCCAAGGCCGAACGCCUGUGGUGUUUUGCGACUACCACGGCCAUUCCCAGAGGAAGAAUGUGUUCCUGUAUGGAUGCAGUAUUAAGGAGACCUUGUGGCAGGCCGGCCACACAGUGGACACAACUGUUAUCAAUGAGGAUGUCGGAUACAGGACCCUGGCAAAAAUCUUGGACAAAGUGGCUCCUGCCUUCCUCCUGGGCAGCUGCAGCUUCCUGGUGGAGAAGUCACGUGACUCUACAGCACGGGUGGCGGUUUGGCGAGAAAUGGGAGUACUGAGGAGCUACACCAUGGAAAGUACCUACUGUGGGUGCAGCCAUGGCCUGUACAAGGGCUUACAACUCGGGACUCGGGAGCUGGAAGAGAUGGGAGCCAAGUUCUGCCUCGGUCUCCUUGUUCUGCAGCUUAAAUCCUUGCCCUGCACCAAGAAGGUGAUGGAACAGGCAGCAGGUCUGUUGGACCUGGAAGAAGAAAUUGCAGAUCUUCGAGCACAAAGAAGAGGCAGCAACUGCAGCCUGGAGACGGAUGACGAACUUCCCUGUGGAGAUGAAGUGGAUUAUAACACUGACAGUUGCUCUGACCAGGAAGGAGACUUCUCAGAGCUGGACAAAGAAAUCCAGGAGCAUCCCCACUCCUAAAGUUGAAAAUGGGAAAGAAGCAGCAGAGGUCAACCCAGGGCAGAUGUGUUCCCCCUCGCUCUGUGGAGGACUUGUACAUCUCCAGUCAGUGAGCAGCCGGUACCAAGUGUGUCCCACUGCUGUCAACACAGCUUGGGGUCUUCAGUGGAAUGGGGAGCAGGACGGAGCUUUCAAUUCCCAAGCACUAAGCCAAUGGGUCACUGCUUGCAUCAGCUUCUUUGCUGGUGACAGUUUCGGUCCCAAACGUCUUGCACCAGUUGCGUUCCAAAACAGAGUUUUCUUUUUCCUUUCUUUCU